AUGACACGCCAGAAUACGACCACAAACAAGAAUCGCCCUGGAGGACUGCGCCAGAACUCCUCCGGAUCCACGCGUACACCGUUAUCCGCCCUGGCGCCAAACCGCAAAGACAGCACUGGCGUCAAUGGGCGACCAGUCUCUCACAAUAGAGUUGAAGAGUUGGGUCAGCGGGAAACAAGCUUGAUAAGAAGUGGAAGUGAGCCUGACAGCUUGCUUGAUCUGUACAAGAGCAACCCAAGCAGUGGUAAUGUGAGUCAGAAUCAUGCCGACAAUGAUAUCCCCGAAAACAUGUACCGGCCCGCCGAGGACGAUCCCGAGGGCUGGAUUCAUCGGGACAAGUUGGCCAAGAUCGAAAGCGAGGAAUUGCAAGCGGCCGGUAUUAACCUGGCCAAGGCAAGGAGGAAUGUGACCAAGGGUGGGCAAAGAGACACAAGUCGAGGUCGACGAAGUGAGGACCGCAAUCCGUCCGAAUAUCGCAGGGUGGAGUCAGAGGAGACGAAAACACGGCUCCCCGAGCCUCUACCAGAAGCAGAAGAGGACGAAAGAGCCAACUGGGAUUUCCGCACCCCGGAGGAGAUUGCGGCCGAGAACACGGCGUCUCAACUAUACUUGAGUCCGGUGCUGAGGAAGUCAGGCUCAAAAAUACCAGUGUUGACAUCGAGUCCUCUGCCCAUACCGCAAGAAAGAAUUGAACGAGACACCCCGCUGGUCAGGAAGCGUACUAUUAGUAACAGUAUGAGUCCCGAAGAUGGAAUACCUGUUUUCAAGACCAGAACCAGAAAGGGAAGCACAGGAAGUCAGACGAUGCAGGACGAAGGCGAUUCUACAUUCCUCACGACACCGGUUCCCAGCAAGCAAUUGACAUCCAAAACAUCAUCUCCCACCAAAAAUCCACCCAAAACAGCCCAAGGCUCACCGCCAGGCACGUCAGCCGGACGCAAGACAUCUGCCACAACAAGAAAACCUUCGACUAAUGCCAAACCCGGCGCCGCACCGUCCACAAAUCAAAGACCGGGGACGAGAUCAGGAGAAUUAGAUCGGCCUCGAACAGCAGUGAACCGGCCAGAAGGUGAUCCCCCGUGGCUUGCCACCAUGUAUAAACCAGAUCCUAGACUCCCUCCCGAGGAGCAAAUCAUUCCAACGCACGCUCGCAGACAACAACAAGCACAGUGGGAAGAUGAAGGCGCGGUUCCGAGCACGUAUGACCGGAAUUUCUCGCCUCUGGCGAUUCAUACGGGUAAUGGACAGGUCAAGUCGCCGUCGCCAAUCAUUCCUCAGUCGCCGCAGUUAGGCGAAAAGGAGGCUGAUGGGGCGGACGGCGGGAGCGCCUGGCCUUUGAAACCCGGGCCCGGCGUCAGGAAUUCUGGAGCUGGCAGCAUGAGACCUAGCACGGGAGGAAGCCAGAAUGGCGGAUACAGUACGAUGCCCCGGGUCUCGAAUCCCGCACAAAACCCUGGGAUGGGAAGUAUUACGUCUGUGCCCACUCAACCGAAUACGAGGAUGCAGGUGCAGCGGAUGCAGCAAGAUGAGACGGAAGAGAAGGUCAAGGAGAAAGGCUGCGGGUGCUGCCUCGUCAUGUGA